AAAGAGAGAGGGAGAGAGAGAGAGAGAUAUGUCGUGCAAACGGUUGCAGGAGGCGUUGGAGGAAUGCCAUCGCCGAUUUAGGGAGCCGGAGCGUAGCGCCCUCUGCAAGCACACGAACCGGAAAUUAGCCUCCUGCCUCAUCGCCACCGUCUGCCCCGCGGAGGUGGAGGCCGUGCAAGACUUGUGCACCAGCAGCGGCACAGCCACCAAGCGCUCCAACUGUCGAGAGGCCCAGCUCUCCCUCGCUGUCUGCCUCUCCCUCCACCAGGCGCCUCCACCUACCAAGUGACGCAGUCCCAACCGAUCAACUUCGGCCUGUGAACCUCGACCCCUCACCAAUUAAUUUCUGCUUGUCUCCUUGAUAAUGAUGGCGGUGGUGUUAUAGCCGUUAACGAUGCUUCUUUCCCGCUAAAACUAAUUGGGAGUCGCAUGUCCGCCAUGGCGUCACUUUGUAUUCUUCCCCUCUUAAAUGGAUUAGGAUUGCCAGUCGAUGGUGAUUUUCGAUCGGCAUGUUAGCCAAUUUAGAGUUUGGUUCCCCCUGAGGGAUUGCAGUGUGCAAAGAAACACGAGAAGAUCAUUUAAGGAGCAUAUUCAACCUCUGGACAUUCUUUGGCUACGUUCAUCUUCACCGUCCCAUCCCUUCUGCAGUCAACUAUUAUCAUGAACAUCCCACUUGGGUGAAACUGCGAUCUACUUUCUACUGUUCAACAGUUUGAUUGAAAGAUGCCAAAUGAUGAAGCUGGUUAUACUGAUUGACUCGGCAACACAGAUGAACCUGCAUUGUCCGCAUUCCCGUUUCAAGUGUUGCUUAUAGGAGUCAGCAACUUGCAGUUCAUGCAAUUGAUUCUGGCCAUGUUAACAUCUCCUGGUCCAUGGGCCUUUUUUAUCCUGGAAUUCUGUUUUUAACAGUUUUUUAUCUCUUCUUGUUAACUAGUCUCUCUUUAUCUCUUGAGUUUGAGGUUGAUUUUAGGGGUUUUUACCUUGUGGAAAUAUGCAGAAUGGACAAAAGAUACGCAGAUUCUUGUUCGUCAUUCUAGGCUAAGAUUUGAAAUCUAGAUGAAGGUCAAAAGCAUGUCCAACAAUGUUGUGCAUCUGCUGUGCCUAUAUUGUUCUUUCGAUAUUGGAUGCACACAUACAGCUAACAGUUAAAGAAAAGAAGAGAAUGGAAAGGGGUACAAUAUUCUAGUGGUCUUAGCAAUGAAGCCCACUUGAAUAAGAUGCUUAUCCUUGAACAUGAAAGGUGCUUUUACAAAGGCAGAAGGUUCUAUCCUCACACUCUGGUAAGUAGAGUAUGCCGUUGUCCAGUGAACCAUGAACUUAGCGGGGGGAGUGGUUACGCCCUCAUAAUAAUUGGCCGAUUCGGAUGGAGUUUACAAUCCGCAUCAGGUUUUCUUCAUCAUUCUUGUUGGCAAGCCACAAGCGCCGCCUGCUUUUGGUUAUUAUGGAGGUUUUUUGACGAUUAAAAACGCUUAUUGGACCCUCAGCCGCUCAGUUUUGAAGGUAUUAGUUUGGUAUGUACAAAUUUGAACCUAAGCAUGGUGGAACAAUUAAAGACUAUGUUUCUUCCACAAAGGCAACCAAUGUUUGUUUACGAAUUAACUUGAGCUUGGCAUGUUUUCCGUGUGCAUCAGGUUAGUAUGUAGGAGCUUGGCAUGUUUUCCAUGGCAUGCUAUGUUUAUGUAAAUCACAAAAUCCCAGUUUUCUGUUUUGGACUUACC